AUAUAACUUAUCUAGAUCAGUUCGAUCCGCACUUUCAGGAGGAAUAUUUUCUUCGAGUCACGAACUUUUCUCUUUCGCGUUUGUGUAACCCGUAAAUCCGGAGUGCAAUUCCGUGGUGCAUACGUCCGUGAAUCCCGUCGGUCAACGGUAGUCCAAGAAUGGCAUCUUUAGUGAAUAGCGUCCGCAGCUUAGCGUGCAGAAAUACUCCACUGCUUCGAUCACUCGCCAUCCGCACCAUCUCGUCUUCGUCGGCAGCGGCUUUGCAGCAGAGAAGUUGUAAUCAGAGGAUUCUGGUUCAGCCCCAGCAACUUCUGUCAAACUUUGAGCAAAUCGGUCGUUGGCAACUGGAGUGCACUAGAAGCUAUAGUGCCAAGGAACCCCUAACGCUGCAGUUGAUCAAAGAACGAGUGCUGCUAGUACUCAAGCUGUACGAUAAAGUCAACCCGGAGAAGCUGACCCUGGAGUCGCAUUUCAUCAACGAUCUUGGCCUGGAUUCGCUGGAUCAUGUGGAAGUGAUAAUGGCCAUGGAGGAUGAGUUCGGUUUCGAGAUCCCCGAUGGUGACGCAGAGAAGUUAUUCAAACCGGCCGACAUUGUACAGUACAUCGCCGAUAAGGAGGACAUCUACGAGUAAGUCUAAGGGAGAAACGAGCUCUAGAGCGGUGGAAACCGUUGCUGCCUGGAUGCUGCAUAUGUUGUUAAAAGAAAAGGAAACUGUGUAGAUUAUAGUUUAAAACGAAAAGGAAUAAAAUUUUGAUUCAGCCAAGAGAA